AUGAAUCGCUUAGCUCAAAUAUCAGAGUAUCUUCCAUCUCCCUCGCGCUCGACAAUCCCCCACACCCGAAAAGGAUUAAGCCUCUUUUUACCUUACAUCUUAGCUCAUCUGGGCGUCAUUAUGAACUUCGAGGUUGCUCAUCAUAUGAUGGCCAGGCUCUGGCAUCAUUCACUAUACACCCUCUCUCAAAGCCAUAUGCUUGAUAGUCAUAGUAUCUAG